AUGGCUGCCUUUGUCGCCGCUCCCAGCUCCGCGACCAGCACUGCCCUGCGGGGCAGCCUGCAGCAUGUUCCCCAGGCUCUUCCGAGCCCUGCUCCAGCGGCUUCUUUUGCAGUGAAGGGAGCCCUGGGUGUUGCAGCCGUGGGUGCUGCAGUGGCCGCGGGCACGCGCCGCAAGCAUCGGUCUGCUCUUGCAGGUGCAGCUACCGUGACCAAGCUCUCGAAGACACGGUCUCUUGCAGAUGCGAAGGUUGUGGUAUGUGCAGGUGCAAUGCUCCCAGAAGCUCAGCUGCAAUCCGAUGGCAUGAAUGGGGAAGAGGAGGGGCGCAAGCUGCGUGUGGCCGUCAUCGGCGGUGGCCCGGCCGGCGCCAGCACAGCAGAUGCCUUGGCUCAGGAGGGCAUCGAGACCUACCUCAUCGAGAGGAAGCUGGACAACUGCAAGCCGUGCGGUGGGGCCAUCCCUUUGUGCAUGAUCGAGGAGUUCGACCUGCCAAAGGACAUCGUGGACCGCCAGGUUCGCAAGAUGACCAUGAUCUCUCCUACGAACAAGGAGGUGCAGAUUGGCCAGACCCUGAAGGACGACGAGUUCAUCGGCAUGGUCCGCCGCGAGGUGCUUGACGACUUCCUCCGCCAGAGGGCCAAGCAGAACGGCGCCACGCUGAUCAAUGGCCUCUUCAUGGGCAUGACGAUUCCUCAGAGCAAGGAAGAGUCUUAUGUGCUGACCUACAACGACUUCGGUGAAGCCGAGGGCAGUGCACGCAAGGGCGAGAAGAAGACCUUGGAAGUCGAUGUCGUGGUCGGCGCUGAUGGAGCCAACAGCCGGGUGGCCAAGGAUAUCGAAGCUGGCGACUAUGAAUACGCCAUCGCGUUUCAGGAGCGCAUGCGCAUCCCAGAUGGCAAGAUGGACUACUACAAGGACCGCGCUGAGAUGUACGUUGGCGAUGAUGUCUCGCCGGACUUCUAUGCCUGGGUCUUCCCCAAGUGCGACCACGUAGCUGUGGGCACCGGAACCGUGGUGGACAAGAAGGGCAUCCAGCAGUACCAGCAGGGCAUCCGCGACCGGGCAGCUGUGCGCAUCGAGGGUGGUGAGAUCAUUCGCGUCGAAGCCCACCCGAUCCCUGAGCACCCGCGCCCAUGGCGUGUGAAGGACAGGGCAAUCCUCGUCGGCGACGCGGCCGGCUACGUGACCAAGUGCUCCGGCGAGGGCAUUUACUUCGCUGCCAAGAGCGGCCGCAUGUGCGCGGAGACCAUUGCCAAGAGCUCGAAGCAGGGCGUGCGCAUGAUCGAUGAGGCUGACCUCAUGGAGCACAUUCGCGAGUGGGAUUCGAAGUAUGGCCCCACCUAUCUGGUUUUGGACUUGCUGCAGAAGGUGUUCUACACCAGUGAUGCCGCUCGUGAGAGCUUCGUAGAGCUCUGUGAGGAGGAGUAUGUGCAGAAGGUGACCUUCGACUCGUACUUGUACAAAACUGUGCAGGGCAACGACCCUAUGGGUGAUCUCAAGCUUGGCUGGAAGACGCUCAGCUCCUUGUACAAGUUCAACAACUCGGAGCCCGACAAGAUGCGAACCCUUGCAUGA